CGUAGUAUGUCAUGAUAUAAGAACUUUAGUUUAUAAAAACUUAUACAUUAAUUUUUGCAUUGAUUCGUUAUGGCACCGCAAUUAUGUGUUCUAGUUCUGAAGAACUUUCGGAGCUAUACAAGAUGCGAGAUGGUAAUGUACAUGUUACUGCCGCUGCUAAUGAUACACUUGGUUCACUUGAGAUGCACUGUAAAUCAAGAGAAUUCUUCGCAUUGUUUCUUGCGACGAAAUGGAACUCUUGGGGAUAAUGUAAAGCUCAGUCCACUGUAUAAUUUAAUGGAGAUGAUAGCCGAAUACACUCCCAAAAAAGUACUUUUAUUGUAUACAAACAAGGAUUAUAUAGUAGAGCCACUAAAGUCAGCACUAUUUAAUGUCCUAAAGCUGAGAUCUGUUGAGCGUAUCAGCUCUGAAGGUGAUAUGGAAAAUAAGCUUAUAAACGGAAACUAUUUGGGCGGUAUUAUUUGGAAGGUGAAGGAUGUCGAGGAUGAUACGGACAUCACCAUACGAUUUCCCAGUGCACUUCGAACGAUGCCAACUGAAUUGUGGUAUACCAACCAAGUUAGACACGAAGUGAACACGCCCCGGCCGAUCUAUAUGAAUGAAGGAUUCUUACAAAUAAUGUAUGCCAUUGUGGCAUUUCUAUCAUAUCCAGCUGUAAGCAAUAUUACCAAAAAAUUCAAGGACGAUGGCAUAACGAUUACAUCAAAGCCAUUUGUUUCCGAUGCGACGUAUAACGAUUUCCUUGAUCCCCAAAUUCUCGACCCAUUGGGUACUAGUCUGGUGAAUAUAUUGCCAUUCUAUUUGAGUUCUCUCUACAUUUAUCCAUUCGUUCGUCUGGUAAUGCUUAUGCAAAAAGAAAAGACCAAGCAGCUAAAUGACUUGAUGAGAAUUUCCAGUGCAAAUCGGUUCAUCCAAUAUCUCUCUUGGUUUUGUUCUGCCUUUAUUUUGGCGACUGUGAUUAACUUAUUAACUGUUUUCUUGCUUACGGUAUGCUAUCCAUCUACUGGAACACAAAGAACAGAUGCUUGAGUCCAUAAUUCGUUUCCUUUUUUAGGCGCCGAUUUGUAAAAAUGGUAACAUUUUGAACUGUUCGAGCUUCACAGCCAUUUGGUUUUUUUUUACCAUAUGGACAGUGUGCGCCAUAUGCUUUUGUUUUCUUAUCUAUAGUUUAUUUCAAGAUACAGCCCUAGCUGCCUUUAUGAUUGUGUUUUAUUCGAUAAUUUUUUUUAUAUUAUAUAUGUUUUUGCAUGCCGGGAGCAAAGCCUUGCUCUAUCCGUUAUGCGUGUCUUUCCAAUUUGGAUUUUUAACUGGCCUUCGGAAAAUACUUUACUAUGAAAAGUACGAUAAUACGGGGCUUCAAUGGAAUCAUUUCUUAAGAGGGAAGUUUCUGGAUAGUUUUGCUCUAAUUCCCAUCAUAAUGCUGAUGGGAGCAUUCAUUUCUCUGGUGUUGUGCUCAUUAGCAGAGCUAUGCUGCCCGGGACGCUACGGAGCUUCGAUGUUUCGCAGAUCUUCCAGAGAUCAUGAUUCCUUGGGCUAUCAUCAAAACCCUCAAAGAACUCGCAAAAUGUCCCCAGCCGUUGUGCAGACGCUCAUUUUGAGUCAAAGGAGUCACAAAGGAAAGCCGCCUCUGACAAAUUUCGCCAUGAAUAUGUAUGAUGAUCAGAUCACGGCUAUAUUGGGACUAUCAGAUUCUGGGAAAUCCGCCAUUACCAAUUCCAUUUCGGGCAGCAUUCCCCCCCAGUCGGGAUCGGUAAAAAUUGACGAUAGAGAUAUUGCGAGAUCGACCAGAACUCUGGUGGGACUCUCGCCACAGCAUAAUCCAUUAUUUGCCAAUUUGACCGUUAAGCAGAACAUGUACAUCUUCUAUGCUCUGCGGGGCACUAGCGCACAUGGAAGAGUUCGUUCCACGGCCAGGUAUUUGAAAGCCCUCGAGCUCUGGCAAGUUAGGGAUGUGAAAGGCCGUUGCUUAUCCACGGCCGACAGGAGGAGAUUAUCUGUGGCCUGCGCCUUUUGUGGCAAUCCGCGGAUUGUGGUAUUAGAUGAACCCACCGAGAGCCUGGAGCCCUGUGAACGAAGAUUGGUGUGGGAUCUGUUACAAUCGGAGAAACGAUGUAGGACUUUAAUUAUCACAACUUACCAUAUCGAAGAGGCUGAUGUUCUCGGCGACCGUUUGGCUAUUCUAUGCGAUGGUAACCUGCUGUUCAAUGGCACUUCCACCUUUUUAAAAAACACGCAUGGUUCUGGAUAUCAGUUGGUCUGUUCGCAAGGGGAGGUAUGUGAAGAGCCACAGAUAACAUCGUUAAUAACAUCAUACAUACCAGAGACUACGGCAUCCUCGGAUAAACCAUUUGAAAUAUCCUACAGCAUACCGCAAUCCUAUUGCCGUAGCAUUGUGCCUUUGCUUAAGGAGCUGGAGGGUGGAGCCAAUUGUUUCAAUAUGGGCGCCAUUGGCAUUGGCACAACGCCCAUCAUAAAUAAAUUUGUGAAGGCCACUUCGCCGUGCGCCGACAGUAGCAGGGGAAAUUGUGUAGGAGGCUCCCCCGAACCCGAUGAAUGUUUAUUAUAUGGUUGUAAUUUGUGCCUCAAUCAAUGGCGUGCGAUGUUACUUAAAAAGUUCUAUCAAAUCAAGCAUAAUUUUCUGGUGUUUUUUAUGCUUUUUUUUCUGAUGCUAUUGGGAGCUGCGGCGCUGCAAAGAUACUCUUAUAGUUGGCCAAUUCCAGACAAAUACCGUUCGCACGCAGGCAUGGAUUUUGUAUUUCAGGACCGGCUGCCGCUAAAGCUGGAUAUAUAUGGACCAAGAUGCCGGGUGGCCUUUGUCAGAGACUUUAACGAUGAGAAUCCACUUAUAGGCCUCUUAAAGCGGAAAAUAACUGGCUGUAGAACACAGGAUAUAUCAGCGAAAGACUUGGACACAAAAGCAGAUAUCUUAAAUAAUGUCUAUGUCUUUGGUAUAAAAAUAAACAAAUGCGCAUAUCAAAUCUAUUACAGCCGAAAAUUUUUACAUUCGGAAGCAGUGGCAGCCGCCCUAAUAGGAUACUUGGCAAACAGUGAAUUUCUGGAUCUAUUUUGCAGUGAUGCUAAUGCAAAGAUGGAAACUCGUACGAAAGCCAUAACCUUUAACAAUCACCCCUAUCCGUCAAUUCAAUAUAGUGAAAACUCCACAAUCCGUCAGAUCGAUUGUUUCGAGAGUGGAUCUUUAUAUCUGAAUCUGUUGUGCAUAAGUAUCUUCAGCGGGUUCUUUGCCGCCUUCAUUGUCAGGGAGCGUCGCAUCGGAUUCAAGCUAUUGCAGCAAGUGGAGGGCAUUAAUAUGACAACAUUCUGGCUGGUCCACUUGCUUUUUGACUGGUUUUUGCUUUCGAUAUUUUCCGUAUCGCUUGUAAUCGUGAUGACGCUUCUUUUGCAAAAGAGUUUCGACAAUGAAACAGUUGCCUAUGCCUUUGCCUUGAUUCUCUUUAGUGUUGCACUGCUACUAUUUUUAUACUUGCUGAUGCAAUUCUUCGCACGAGUUAUGUAUGCAUGGAUUAUACCUGUAGUACUAUUGUUUAUAUUGGCCAUACCCUUCGAGUGGCCUGUUCCGGAAAAAGAAUUUGCUUUCCUUUAUAUAAUACCCACAUAUGCGGCCAUUGCGUUGGUCCAUGCCAUCUGUAUUGAGGCAUCGUCGCUUAAAGUCUGUGAAGGAAGAAACGACAAAAAAUUUCAAGGAUGCGAGGUCCACUCCCACUGGUGCGUGAUCGCUGGACUUCCAUACAUAUUGGCACUGAUCGGCGCAUCUAUGUUGUUUUAUAUCCUGCUCUUGCUUCUUGCGCGUGGAUCCUUUUGCAAGAGACGAAAAAGACGUACAGGUGGCGAAUAUACCGAUUAUUGCGAUUUGCAGAGAAUGACCCAAAAUGAGCUGAGAAACCAUACUCUUCUUUUGGAAAAUGUUGUAGUAAAUUACCAGAAUAGUCCAGUCAAAGACGUCACAAUUGGACUCAAGCCAAUGGAUGUUCUUGGAUUAGUUGGCGAGAGGUCUGGAAAGACUAGUAUUAACAAGGUAAUUGUAUCGGAAAUCAUGCUAUCUUCGGGACGAGUUCUAGUCAAAGGAAUCGACGUUCACAAUAGAAAAAUAAACCGAUACAAGGCCUACAAAUAUAUGGGCUACUGUCCCCAAAAGGAUUAUUUUGAGCCCAAAUUUACGGGUCGAGAAAAUUUAAAAAUUUUCUGUCUUAUACGUGGCAUAAGAUCGGAUAAAGUGCGAGAAGUAUCCGAAGAACUGGCCGAAAACCUUAACUUUCGGGAGCACUUACAAAAAUCAUCCAAGAAGUAUACGGUCAGUGAUAAGCGGAAGCUUAGCACAGCAAUAGCAGUGAUAGGAACACCGCCACUUAUCAUUUUGGAUGAGCCAACCGCUGGAGUGGAGAAGGCCCAUCGAUCGGAUGUUUUGGAUGUGCUGAAGAGUGUCAACGAAUGUGGCAGCACAAUAUUGUUGUCUUCAAACAACAUAGAAGAUUUUCAAUCUCUAUGCAAUCGAAUGGCAUUGCUGAAACGGGGAAAGGUGGUUGGAAUCGGGUCUGUUGAAAGUUUUCGAAAUAGUUUAACGCCGGGACUGAUUCUAAUGGUAAAAAUCAGACCUCAUGCGAUAAUUCAAAGUGUAAGAAAUGUACGAUUGCAACCAAGCGAGCAAGAAAUAGUUAGUAACAUAACAACAUUCCUGUUGCACACUUUUAAAAGCGUUUAUUUGCUAGAGGAAUUGCAAGGAGAUCUUUUAUAUUACAUACACAACACUACGAUUCCACUCGCCGAUGCCUUCAAAAUAAUAGAGCAAAACCGACACGGGCUUUUUAUUUCGGACUUCCUUUUAAAACACGAAAACAUGGAACUAACCUUUGUUGCUCAAAAUUUUCGAAUUCUUAAAUAAAUGAUAAUUUAAUAAGAA